CUUCUUCUCUUGUCAGCAAUUGUUGCCCAGGAUCAUAUCUUUUCAGAAAGAAGUGACACAAAAAGAACCUCCUUCACAAGACAACCAUUCAAGAUGCGCUUCCUUUGUCUCCACGGCGCAGGUACCAACGCCGAAAUCUUCGAGAUCCAAUCCGGUGGCAUCUCCUACGACCUCGCUAAAUAUGGCCAUACAUUCAAAUACUACGAUGGCUGCAUGGAAGCCGAAGUUGAGCCUCAGCUAAAGGGCCUCUUUAAUGGCCCCUUUUACAACCACUAUCCCCGUGACCGGGCACCGGGCGAAUAUCUCGCCCCCGCAAUGAAGCACGUCUACGAUAUCAUCGAGCGUGAGGGUCCUUUCGACGCCGUCAUGGGAUUCUCACAAGGUGCUGCCCUGGCAUGCGCCAUGAUUGUACACCAUGCGAAGACGCAUCAAGAGCCUCUGUUCAAGGUCGCCGUGUUUAUCUGCGGUGCUGCACCGUUUGACAGCACGGGGAAUGAGGUCAUUCCUGACACUUCGGCUGAGGGCGAGUAUCCGGUCAAGAUCCCCACAGCGAAUAUUGUGGGAAAGCAGGAUGAGCUGUAUCCCUCUAGUAUGCAUUUGUCCAGGCUGUGUGAGCCGAGCAAAAUGAGUUUCCAUGAUCACGGGUCGAAGCAUAUGGUGCCGUUUGAUGUGGAGAAUACUAAUGCUAUGGUGGCUGCUAUUGAGGCUGCGGUUCAGAAGGCUUUAAGGGGAGAGUAAAUGUGGGUGGAAUAUUCGAUUACGAGCGAUGAAUAGAUGGUUACUAGAUUUCGUCAUUUCAUGCAUCUUGAUCUAUUAUGUAUUCAAGCUAAUUGUAUGUUCAAUCCUGCUUUAUCGGCGCAUCCCGUUUCUUUCCCGAGAUG